AGACCAGAAAACUGAAGACGCUUUUCACGAAUAGUGACUGGAGAUUGUGGGCAAAGGAAGGGCGGAAGAGACGUGUAAAAUGCGCGUCUAAUAGCAGAGGGAAGGAUGGAGGAGUAUGAAGGGAUGGAUGCAGUGCUGAGCUACUUGCAGGAGGUGGAGUGGAAGGCUGAGGAUGUGCUGGUGGACAGAAGGCAGAUCGUAGACCUGGACAUCAAGAGGAACCAGAAUAGAGAGGCUUUGAGGGCUCUGAGCACAGACACCGAUAAAUCAGAGAUGGUGACUGUCUGCUUUGGCUGUAUGUUCAUAAAUCUGCCAAAAAACAAAACCAAGGAGAUGAUUCAGCGAGAUCAGGAGCAGCUGGACAAGGAAAUUAAUACACUUCGCUCCCAACUGAAAGGAAAAGUAAACCAGCUAUAUGAAGCACAAGGAAAACCUGAACUGAAAGGUUUCCACCUGACUGCGCUGGACCCGGACGAAAUGAAAGCAAUGAAUAAAGUGCUGAACGAAUAACAGAGAAUGCUGCACAGUUUAUAUGUAGUUAAUAUUUAUAGAACUGUG